GCAGCACAGCCUGGAGCUGGAGGGGUCUGACUGUGAAGAUCAUGGCUACAAUUUAUUCUGGGAUUCAUUUAAAGCUAAAGAGUGCGAAGACCCCAUGGGAAGACAAGCUAAAACUGGCUCGAUUUGCCUGGAUUUCGCACCAGUGUUUUCUGCCCAACAAGGAGCAGGUUUUAGUGGAUUGGGUAAGUCGUGCAUUGACUGGCUAUUACAGUAAAAAGCUACAGCUUGGAGAUGAAAUUCUGGAGGGUCUGUGGAUUUAUCUGGAUGAUAUUCUUCAUAGCAAAAAGUUGCAGAAACUGAUUGAGAAAGGGAAGAUUAUCACUCUUCAUGCCACCAUUGCACAGAUUAUAAAUGAUCGGAUUGAGGAACAUUCCAGAGAAGAACGGCUGAAUGCCAACCCGUCAAACCUAGCGACGGUGCUGAGCUGCUGUCAUGGUAUUCUGACCUCUCCUGCCUUCGCUCUCAUCUACAGCAGCAAGUGGGAGCUGCUGGUGGAUCUGCUGUGCAGGCUGUCAGUGCUGCUGUGCUCGAGGUUAAAGUCAACGGAGGCCCUGCGAUCUACGCAGCUCUUCGACGUCCUCCUGCUGGCGUUUGACCUGUACCUCGUCACUCAGAGGCAGCAGUGCAACCGGUGCCGGGUCUUCCUGCAGGUCUGCAGCUCCCUCCUGCGGCCCUUUUUGCUCCUGAGGCACCUGCUGUGCUCGAGGUGCUGGACAGGCGAGGAUGUGGCGGCCGUGCGGCAGCACCUCAGCAGGGAGGUGUGUCAGAGGAUCCAGACCGCCCUCCAGAGCGGCCUGUUCCACUCCGAUCUCCUGAACUCUUACAGGCAAGAGCUGCUGCAAGACGAUAGGUCGCAGGAAAAGAAGGCUAGCUCAUCCAAGGACUUGGUAGCCCCUGUCGAAACGAUGCUCUCCACGUUGACCGACGCUGGACUCUUCGGUAUGCUACUGCACUCCGCCGUCAUAGCGGGCUCAGUCCCGCUGCUCUACAGACUCUCUCUCGAGUCCUUCUGCAGGGAAGGGAAUCAUCUGCUCUGUUUCCAUAUCUUCGCCAGAUUCCUUGUCACCCUGCACUUCCCUACACCGUUGGGUCAUGGAGCUGGACAGGAGCCUGCAGACUGGAAUCCCGGGUUACUGGCCCUGGACCAGCUGCUGAACUCUGUCCUGGGCAGCGACGUCUACAAUGUCGCCGUGGACAAAAUCCGGUGCAGGGGAGUGCAGUUCGCCCUGUACUGCAGGGUGGCGGCCAUGUUGCUGUCCCACCCCCGCCAGGAGGCACCGGCCUGGUUCAGGUGCCUGAGGACAUUGAUCCUGCUGAAUCAUUCGAUUGUGGAGCCGAAUCUGGAUGACCUGGUGUCGGCGGCGUGGGUGGACGCUGACACCAGUGACCCGCGGGUCCGCAGAGCCCAGGAAUCGCUGCUGUGCACCCUCUUUGAAACGUACACCAAACUGCGGCAGCUGCCACGGCUGUUCCAGGAGGUGUUGGCCAUCAUCUCUCGGCCAGCUGCAGAUGAAUUGAGGCGGCCUGUCCUGUGGGUAGGCCUCACUGAGAAGCUCCGCGAGUGCCUAUUGGAACUUCCGCCUGGUCAAGCCCUGGAUAUCUGGGACCUGAUGUUGAACUGCCUGGAAGCCUUGAUUCCGGAUCUAACCGGGAACGUGGACACGGCAUUGAAAGCUCUGGCGAUGAGCACUCUGCUGAACGCUGUCCUUUUCAACAUGAAGUGCCUGGACGACAAAACGCCAGUGCCGAUCAUUACACGCACGCAGCUUCUGAUGGAUAAGACGAUGCGAGCGGUGGUGACGCCUCUCUUUCGCGUGGUCAAGGACCCCUCCGGCAAAGACUCAUCCCCAUGGGCCCUGAGGGCUGAGAGCUCAGUCCUGAUCCUCCGCUCCACUUGGCUGGAGCUGGAUCACAUGUUGAGGUUGAACUGCAGCAAGUAUGUCUCGCCGGGAGGCGCUGAGGCCGGGGCGUGGAGCCUCGGCAGCGGUCUCCCUCGGGAGGGCCGGAAAGACGCGUUGAGCCGCCACUUGCUGCAGCUGCUGGCGAUCCAGGAAAUGAAGGGCGUCAUGAUGCGGCCCGGCUCGCGGACUGAGGCGCAGGAGAUGUCGCUGAGAUCCGCUGCGGUGUCUGUCGUGCAGUCGGGGAAGGAGGCGGUCAAAAGCGCCGGCGCCCAGGCCUGGGACGGGGAGAUCAGCUCCAUCGACGACGAAACGUACGCCGUGGCGCACUGGCACCUGGUCACUUCAAACAUCGCCCUGCUGCUGCCCCAUCUCCCCGAGCCUGAGAUCGCCCACUUGGCGGACGUGGUGACGGCGAACCUGUUGCUGCGGGAGGCGGCGGAGCAGGAUCAAGGCUUGGAAAACCGGGUUUCCAUCCCGGCGAUGUGCAGGAGCCUGCUCCGCAGCAGCCUGCUCCCAGAAAUGCGGCCGCUGCACCAUGGCGUUUUACUGCGUCUGUUGGAAGGGGUGAGUGACCUGCUACUGGACACUGGGUUUAACCUGCCCGCGUGCCUCCUCAGCGAUGAUGUUGAUACCAGUCAAGAAGCUGAUAACCAGCAGAGCAGUGUUUCGGAGUCACUGGGAUCCCAGCCCGAGUCCCCUCAACAGAGUUCACUUCUUAACAUUCCGAAUGUGCUGUUGGUUAAAAACCCAUCGACCCACACCUUUUCCGAGACUCAACUGGAUCACCUCCUGUGGAUUUUAGACCUUCUUGGUGGCCUAAGGCUGGACAGCCUGCCCUGCUAUGACCACCUCCGUUGCUUUGUUCUGCUGGCAUCCCUGGUCACGGCCCUCAAGCCCAAACCAGAAAAGGUCAACGCCUCCAAAUGUCUGGAGGCGCUGAGCCGGUCCUACUCCCUCCUCGCCGUCCUGCAGACGGGCACCAGCCGGAACACAGUCUUCAAACUGGCGCACGCCGGCGACAUCCUGGAGAAGGUGACAGCCUCCCUGUUUCCGGCAGGCAGCAGGUUGGCCUCCUGCACAGAGUGUCCGGCCUGGCCAGAGUUCCUGGACGCCGUCCAGAGGUUCCUGACUGUCUCCAUCCAGACCGUCGUCGAACGGAAGCAAAGCAUGCGACUGAACCUGGAGCAGUUUGCUGCUUUCCUCUCCAACGCCUGGCUGUCCUCAGCGAGCAGCAAGAAGUGGAGACCGGCGACUGAGCAGCUGCUCAUCACCGCCCUGUCGGCUUUGAGUCGAGUUGUCUUACAGGCUCCACUGCAACCUGACAAGCACACAGGCAACUCUCUGCGCUCCCUGCUCACCCAGCUCGCAGGGCUCCUGGGUGCAGUUCUGCAGUCCCAUUCGGACAGGGACGGAAGAUUAGAGCAGAAUCUGACUGUGUUUGGCGUUACUGCCCUCCUGGAAAUCGAAUUGUGCCUGAGAGAGGAGGAGGAGGAGGGUGAUGCAGGGAGUGGAGGCACACAGAAAUUGAAGCAUGCUGACUUGUACCAGAGGACAUGUUUUCAAGUUCUUCGCCGACUUCCCUCUUUCCCUGAUGACCCAGAAUCUCUCCAUAAACAACUUGAAUUUUUACGGAUCUACAGUUCAACCCCCGAGCUUUGCUCUGACUGUGAUAACGAGACUGCCAUCCCCUCUGUGUUCAGUGCUCUAAAAGCCUUGCUCGCAGCUCCAAGGGUGACACAGCAGUUCAUUCACUCGCUGGAAAUUCCUCUCGUCGACCUGCUCCACUGUUUUAUUGAAAGGUGUACACAGCAGCAGUUUUACCUCAUUGUAAAGUUCAUCGCACAGGGCCUUGAGGUCACCAACCUUUGGAAAGGACAGCAUCAGGAUGUGGUGUCGUUUUUGAACCUGACUGCCCUGCUCUUGAAAUGUCCCCUAAGUGGAGAUGUAGAAAAGGCUCUUUGGUUUAUAGCUCCUCAGAUCAUCAUGGCGCUAAUGGUUUUGUGUAAGGAAGCAGCCCUGGAUCAGGCCGAGGGCUUUAGGAUCACUGUGCUCAGUUUGGAGACCUUGGCAAUUCUGGUCCAGCAGGGAGAAGGCAUUCUCUCGAACCCACAUCAUGUGACGCUUGCGUUUAAUGCUUUGUUGUGUGUUCCACUCGAUCAUCUUCAGCUGGAUGAGUAUGGAUCUAUUUUUCGAGCCAUCCAGGAGGUGCUGUUUGCUAUAGUGCAGUCUCAGACUAAGGUUUUGUUUAAUGCAGCACCUACUUUCUUCAAGUGCUUUAACCGGCUGGUGCUUUCAGUUAUGCAUAAAGGGCAUCAGAAAUGUGUUGGCGAUAAAGGUGUGACUAAGAUCAGUGAAGUGGUCCUAGAAUGCGCACAUUUGGUGGAAAGGAUGUGCACUCACAUUGCAUCAAACGCAGAGAAAUUUGCAAUGUUCUCCUCCUUUGCAGUGGCAGAGUACAUCAACGAGCUACAAAAGGUCACCCUCAACACAGAUGUGAAAAGACAUUUGACAGCAGGAAUCUAUCAUCUCCUGGAUCUAGUCACAGAGAACGAUCUCCGGUUCCUCAAUACAUUAUUACAGACAGGCGUGAGGGAAGUGUUUAAGGAGUUGUACAACGAUUACACACACUACCACAAGAGUAAAAAACAAGGCGAGGAAAAGUACACAGCCUGAACUGCAAGGAACAAGCCACCUUCUGCUCUGCAGAUUUCCACCUCUCCCUUUUGUCAAAGAUCUUGCCUACCAAGGUCCGAACCUCUGUGGUGGUUCACCUUUAACCCGAGAAUCUCAGAUUUAACCAUUUCUUCAGCCCAGUGCCUAUUUCUGUGCUGCAAAAGGACAACCUGGAAGGAAACCCAGCUAUUUCAAGCCCAAACGUCUGUCCAACUGAGGACAUGUCACCAGUUUUAAUUGCCUCAGUUGAAAUCAGCCAAAAUAUGGUUUACCAAGCUUCUCACUCAGCAUGCUUUUAAAAAGAUAUGAAAAUAACUGUGAUACGAUGAGGCAGCUCCUCCCUCACCACUCCAUAAAACGGGGUAGUUCACUGGCAGUGUGGAUUAACCAUCCACUUCAAAGGAUCCUCACCAUAUCUGGUGGAGGUUGCUAGAGCUGCUUGAUGUCAAAAUAAGGAAAAUGCUCCCUUCUGAAGAUUUUUGUCCAUAUUUGGCCUAAGGCUGUACCAGUCUUAGGAGAACCCAAACUGAGUGUCAACAAGCAGGUUCUUGUUGAAUAAGUGCUGACAACAACGUGUGUCACAGAGCUGCUGAUUAAGAGCAGACAAACUGGUAAUUAACAAAUUGUGCAGAUAGUUUGGGCAGUCACAAAUAUUGUUUGGUUCUGGUAAGUUAAGAUUUACAGAUUUGAAAGACUGGACUGAAAAGGCCUGUUGAUCCAAAAGAGAGAGAGCGUAAACUCAUUAAUAAGCAGCUUGUCCAAAUGGACCAAUUAGCUCCUUGUAGACCGAUUAGAGUUUGUUUAUAUUGUAUUGGUUAAUAUUGCUUUAUUGCUGUUGUAUUUUAGCUUACUUGUAAACAUAGUUGGGACAAUUUAACCUUGGAGGCUAAUAUUCUUACAAUUACGUUCAUUACUAUAAUUAAUCCAGUUCUAAUUAAGUGUGGUGAAGUGUACCUACCAUCCCGUUAUUCCAGACCCCUGCACCUUAGUACACUCGGCCUAAGGAAAAUAUCUAUUAACUUCAGCUUUGAAAUUCUCAAUCUGCCUUCAAAUGUUUAUGGAGCAUUUCAGUUCCUGACACAAGCUUUGUUUUUAACAUUAUGCCUCAUUGUACCAAAGGAAAUUAUU